AUGGCUUGGGGAAUAUUUGAAACUAGGUAUCGACAGCAGGUGCCGGGGACUGUCUUGCUAAGCGAUUCCAAUGGUGACCACACUGUCUUUCACAACGUUAAGACAACCAAACAUCACGGCAAAACAAUCAUUCUAGUGCCACAGCCUUCGGACGACCAAAACGAUCCUUUGAAUUGGCCGCUUUGGGUGCGAGAUCUGAUCGCGCUUCUUUACGGCUACUGCACGCUGCUUAUUGUCGGAGGUAUUGGACCGAUCCUGUCGUCUCUGGCGCUAGAACUAUCGCUUCUCUUCGACGUCUCGUUCACUAAAGUCUCUCUUCUGACGGGCUAUAGUCUUUGCGCCACUGGGGCUUCUGGUAUCUUCAUCUCAGCCGUCGCCAACAAGUAUGGCAAACGCUUGAUCUUUCUAUUUUCGUUGGCUUGCGCCCUUGGUGGCACUAUCUGGGGAGGAUAUGCCACCUCUUACGACUCGCUCCUUGGCGCUCGUAUCCUCCAAGGUCUAUCGGUUGCCGUGUUUGAAUCCGUCGUAUUUUCAAUUAUAGGGGAUCUCUACUACGUUCAUGAGCGCGGCAUCCGUGUCGCUGUUAUGACAACCUGCAUCGUCGGUAUAUCCAAUCUUCCGCCCGUUCUUGCUGGGAAGAUUGCAAUGAGUCUUGGAUGGCGGUGGGUAUUUUGGCUACUGGCUGUCUUUCUUGGGAUUGGUCUGGUGUUGGCUCUUCUCUUUGGAUGGGAGACAGCUUACGUCCGCAACACGAUCCAUAACACAGAAGACAAUUUGGAUAACAAACAUGCGACAGCAGCAGAUGCAGUCCAGGUCGAGGACGCCAGAGAGGCUUUCGACACUAUUACUCGUCAUACCGGCUCUUUACUUCCUCGAAAAUCGAUUGUGCGACUAUUAACUCCCUGGUCUGGCGAGUACACAUCGAAAUCUCUCUGGUGGCUCCUUAUUGAACCAUUCAUUGUCCUUUCCAACCCGGCCGUCAUUUGGGCCGUCCUCUUGAUAUCCUUCCCCACUUUGUGGCUUGUCGCUAUCAACCUCCUGAUUGCUCAGAUCUUUUCUGCUCCCCCUUAUCUGCUCGAUACUGUGGAGCUUGGCUAUAUGUCUGCUGGGCCCGCAGUUGGCGGCUUACUUGGGUCAAUCGCGGCAGGUGCCAUGUCUGACCCUAUUAUUGAGUGGGCAUCUCGCAGGAAUAAAGGCGUUUACGAGCCAGAAUUUCGUUUGUUGCUCAUUAUUCCUGCAUUUAUCACAUCCGCCAUUGGAUAUCUCCCUUUUGGAUAUCUCGCCGAGGCGGGCAAAGGCCCUGUUAUAAUGUCAACCUUAUGGGGAGUCAGUGCGGCAAGUCUCCAAUUCAUCAUGACCGCUGUCGGGACAUACAUUGUUGACUCCUACCGCGACAUAAACAUUGAAGCUUUCAUUGCGACCAUGGUCAUCAAGAACUUUCUAUUUUUUGGGUUCUCAUUCUUCCUUAAUACAUGGAUUGUCGAAUGGGGUCCAGCCAGGAUGUUCUAUUGCAUAGGCGGUAUACAGGCUGCAUUAUGCCUCACAACCGUUCCUAUGUGGAGUUUUGGAAAGCUCGUGCGGGCAUGGUGGUACAGUUCGGAGGAUGGAAUUUAG